AUGCGCUCCACCGCUCUUCUGGCCACACUGGCCGUGGGUGCACUCUCAGUAGCACUCCCUCACACCUCAGAGGACGUCCAACUACCGCUGGUGAUAUGGCACGGCCUAGGCGAUGACUUCGAACGCGAAGGCCUCGCCCAAGUCGCCGAACUAGCCGAAGAAACCAACCCAGGCACCUACGUGCAUCUCAUCCACCUAGCAGAUACCGGAAGUGGCGACCGCUCAGCGACAUUCUUCGGCAACGUGACCGAGCAAAUCGAACUAGUCUGCGAGCAACUAGCCGCCGAUCCAAUCCUCAGCACCGCGCCAGCCAUCAACGCCCUAGGUUUCUCGCAAGGCGGCCAAUUCCUGCGCGGAUACAUUGAGCGCUGUAACGCGCCCCCGGUCCACAACCUCGUUACAUUCGGCAGCCAACACAAUGGAAUCUCGGAAUUCGAGUCCUGCAAGUACAAUGACUGGAUCUGCAAUGGUGCUGAGGCCUUACUCCGUUCUGGGCGGUGGACGAGCUUCGCGCAAUCGCGCGUCGUACCGGCGCAGUAUUUCCGGGAUCCGCGAGAGCUGGACCUGUAUCUUGCUAACAGCAAUUUCCUUGCUGAUAUCAAUAAUGAGCGCGAGGUGAAGAAUGAGACGUACAAGAAGAACUUGGCGUCGUUGAAUAAGUUUGCCAUGUUCAUGUUCGAGGAUGAUACAGUUGCUGUCCCGAAGGAGAGCGCGCUCUUCGCGGAAGUGAAUGCUACAACUGGUGAAGUGACGGCUUUGCAGGACAGAGAGAUUUACCAGGAAGAUUGGUUGGGUCUCAAGCAGCUUGACAAGGCUGGGCGAUUGGACUUCAAGACUACGCCCGGACAGCACAUGCGCUUGUCAGAGGAAGUGCUGCGUGAUGCUUUCAAGGAGUAUUUUGGUCCACUGGAAGAUAAUUGGCGCACUCCUAGUCUGAUCGUGCAGCGCGGUUCUUGA